GUCACCAUGGUGACGGGGAAGACCUCGUGUAACCCAGGCGAAUAUGAGGUUGGAGAAAAUCUUUCCUGUAGCAGAGUCUGCCCAGCUGGCUACUACGUAAGCACACGCAUAGACCAGAACCACCACAUUGGAGCCUGCUCGCCUUGCCCGUCUGGAACUUUCAGAGCUCAUCCCAGUGAAGAGCCUCGAUGCGUGCCGUGUGCCCAGUGCCGAGAGGCAGAUCAGGAAGUGGUGAAGCGCUGCUCCACGACCAGCGACCAGGAGUGCCGGUGCCAGCCGGGCAAGUUUCUACUGUGACUCGAGGACUGCACAGAGAGCUGCUUCCGGUGUACAAGGUGUGGAGACGGCGCCAUCCUUCAACCCUGCACUGCCAUAAACAAUACAGUUUGUGCCUUAAACCCAGAGUCAG